GUUAAAGGCAAAGGUGCUACUUGUAGAAGUUUCUCUUUAGUACAAAUCACAUUUAUUGGCCUGUAUUAUAAAGAUGGACUCACUUUUGGAAGAUUAUGAUGUGAUAGGAACAGAAGAGCUGGAGGAUAUUAAAGAAACCUUGUCCACUCAAGAUAUGCCAACAGCCAUUAGCAAAAUCAAGAGUUUUCUUGAGGAGCAAGAGCGUGUUGAGCUAAAUAUUGGUGUGACGGGGGAGUCAGGAUCUGGGAAGUCCACAUUUGUCAAUGCUUUUAGGGGUUUAGGUGAUGAAGAUGAGGACUCUGCCAAUACUGGUCCUGUGGAGACCACAAUGGAACCUGAAGUGUACCCUCACCCAAAAUACACUAAUGUGAAAGUUUGGGAUCUCCCUGGAAUUGGAACACCAAAUUUCAAAGCUGAUGAGUACCUUCAAAAAGUUGAGUUUCAGCGCUAUGAUUUUUUCAUCAUUAUCACUUCAGAUCGGUUCAGAGAAUGCCACACCCAUCUGGCCAAUGAGAUCUUGAAAAUGAAGAAGAAGUUUUACUUUGUUCGUUCUAAGAUUGACUCAAACCUUUAUGCUGAAAAGAGAAAAGCAGGCUUUGACCAGGAAAAGACAUUAAAUAUCAUCCGAGAGGCCUGUAAACAAGAGCUGCAAAAGAUUCAUAUAGAGGCUCCUGUGUUCUUGAUCUCCUGCUUUGAGCUCGGCAAGUUUGAUUUCAAUCUGCUGGAGGAAAGAAUGGAGAAAGAGCUCCCCCAGCAUAAGAGACAUGUGCUGAUGUUGGCUUUGCCGAAUAUCACGCUGGAAAUUAAUGAGCGAAAGAAGAAAGCUCUUGAGGAGAACAUUGUAAGGGUUGCCUUAUUAUCUGCUGUUGUGGCUGCAGUUCCUGUUCCUGGUCUUUCAUUUAUUGUCGAUAUAAACAUCAUAAAAUAUGAGAUCGAAAAGUACUACAAUGUCUUUGGUCUGGAUGAUCCAUCCCUGCAGAAGCUCUGUGAAAGAUCUGGGAAGACUGUAGAGGAACUGAAGAAUGUGAUGAAGUCACCACUGCAUCAUGGGAUUAACGCAAGUUCAGUCUUAAGCUUGUUGGGUGCUGCAUCUCUUUUGGUAUCAGAGAAUACAGUUGAAUAUAUCUGCAGCUUGAUUCCUCUACUUGGCACUGUGGUGGCAGGAGGAAUGUCUUAUCUGACUGUCUCGAGUAUGCUAAAGAAAGCUCUAAAUGAGUUGGCAGAAGAUGCUAGGAAUGUGCUGAUGGUUUCACUGGAAACUGAAGUAUAAUAAAAUUUAUUGUACAGAAUGUACACAGGUUUACACCAAGUAUGCAAAAUUAAUUUCUAAAACUUUUUGUAAAAUAAUUUAGUUAUGUGAGAAAUAUAUAAAAACACACUUGAUUCUAACGAUAAUGAUUCCAUUUAAAUGUUUUAUUGAAUGAAUGGAACUUCCAUAUAAUAUUAACAAUUGUAUAGUAUAUCCUUUUUAUGUUUUAUUUAUUUUUCAUGCCCAUUGAAAAAUAUCAUUAUAUCACUUCAACAUAGUUGUAAUUUUAGCCUAUAUUU